GGCACAGAAUGUCUGACGGAGAUGGCAGAUCUCUUCCCAGAAACCGCAUCUUGCAACUCUCUGUUAAAUAAUAAUGCGGAGAUUCUCGUGGUGGUUUCACCGCUUGCUACGGAAGCCAGCCCAGGAGCCAGGGCCAAGUUUUUGAACUAGCCAACGCUGUGCUCGUGAGGCGUCGGUUCACACGAACGCUGUGCCAUUCAUUAUUUACUAAUUUAUCUUCAGAAUACCAUACCACCCUGAUGUCUUUCUUAGUGCUUGGACCCCACCAUCGCCUUGACAUGACCUAUUCUUCGACGGGUAUCGCGACAGAAAAAUGAAUAAUAAUGCACCCAAACCCUGUUUGCAGGAAUACUUGACCAAAUAUUUCGAAGAGGAAGCUACAAUCUCAACAAUCAGGCAGAUGCGCUCACUUAAUGUAGAAUCACACAUUUAUGCGCACCUUUCUGGCACAAGCGAGCUUGCCAAACCUACCCAGAACAAUGCCCCAGGAGGGUUUUUUCACGGCAAUUUCCCCGCUGUCCGGUGGUUAUGCUGUCCCGGAGUUAUUCGCAUUAAUUUAUGACACAAAGCAGCCCGGAAAUCUCUCAGAAAAGAGUAAAUUCCUAGCAGCUGCCUAGGCCGGGAAUCUUAAACCAAGAAUGAGAGCCAUGGUGCAGGAUCAUGCAACUUUCGAGUUUCCAGACUUCCUCGCAAACGCAUUGAAUGUUGUUCAUUAAUUAACCCAUUAUUACUUGUUGACUUUGUCACACAGAAUGUAGUUCCAGCAUGCAUGCAUAUCCCUUAACACCCUUUCUUUGUUCGCCAUCCCGUGCCGAACCACUCAUGCACGCUGUCCACAAAUAAAUCUGCAAACGGCCAAAUCAUGCCACUCCCGUUCCCAUCCAAACAAAAAAACGAGGACAGAUCCUCACCGCCAGGGACAUUGUGCCACUGCCAUGGCUGUGACCCGGUUCCCUCACUGGGGGACGCUAAGCCGGCUCGAGCCCUUGACCCUGGGGCUCGAAUGAUUGAUAAGCUGAUGGCUGCACGGCUGACGCCUGCCCCGGAACAGACCCUCGUGCUCGGCCAAAAUUUCAAGUCCCAACUCCAGAUGGCAGAAAGUGAGGGAUGACGCUCCGACCCGCGUGGGUUUUGCAGCAACUGGCGCCAAAUAAAGUGGAGAUCCUAGACACUGUUCGUCGUUCCACCGCUGAAAUUGUUUGGAAACAGAGAGUGGGAGCGACAUUUUGCUUCCAGAAUGCCGUUCACUUUCUUUCCAUUUAUGCGGCAGGUGGAUGAACAUACCAAACAUCCUCCCACUCAACCCCUUCAAGCAUAUGUACUAAAUCAACUGCAUAUUUGGCCUGCUGACCUGGAUGAGCUUCCUUCAUUUUAGGGAAUACAAGGACAUAAUUUCCAUUUAUGUCAGCUUUUCACGACAACAGGAUCUGCCUUUGCCACGUGGCAUGUCCCUUUUUCCAACUUCUGUUCUUCAUGAUGUCGACCACUACGGAGUAGUUAUAUCAGCCUGUUUCAGCAGACCAUUUGGAAUUAUUCCUUGACGAAUACGCUUCGAUCCAGCAGCCCCGCGAGGUCGUUUCGGUAACAGAAGCUACUAACACUCUUCUAGCGUUGAAAUCGGGCCGGGCAGCCCCUGGCCCUUCUUGCAUUAUUGAUACAGCGACGCAACCCACCCUAGCUUCAUACCAUAACCAAUCACACCAUCGGGCCUACUGUGAUGAGUGUAACCUUUGCGUUCAUUUGAGCUGAGGAAAGCAUAAUAAUUUUAUGCAUUAUUCAACAACCAAGCCUUUCACCUGUUGCUUUGUUUUCUGAACGAAGUCUUGCUGCUUCAGCUGACCCAGGUUCGUUUCUUCUCUUUCUUCGAGAACUUGCAUGGAUUGCUUGGAGACAAUGAAAAGAUAUUAUACCAAGAAGAAAACAGGGCAAUAGCGCAAGAUAAAGCUGGGAGGGUUUAUUUGUUUCUCUUGAAUUGGCGAAUAAAUCAAACAGCGACUGCGGACCCUACCCUACCCCCACAUUCAUUUGAGACGAUCGCGGUAGUUCACUCAGCGUGUUCCGCUGUACGCAGUUUGUCAACUUGGCCAUCAAGCAACUACUGCUUAGAUUGAGGGGACCUCAAUCAUUCGGUAUCGGCCAUGGUGUGUGUAUGCAGGAAUGGCGAUUCAGAGAAAAUGUC